AUGAAUGUGCCAGUAAAACAAUGGGAUGCUAUAGCCGUACCAUUGCUAUUACCGAAACUAGCGUUUGUUACCCGAACCGAGUGGGGAAUGAGCCUAAAAUCCAAUGACAUCACGAAGAUGGAAAACGUUAUAAUGUUCGUGGAACGGCGUGCAGCCAACUUGCCGACAUCUUCGCCAAUUACUCCAUAUAUUAUCAGCGGACGCACACCAAGUCGUGUCGUGAAGACGCAUCUGGCUAUGAAUUCUGAAAAAAUUGCUACUCCGUUAGCAGCACGUGACAGGGCAACUAAUUGCCCAUCUUGUAAUGAAUUUCAUCGCAUUACGAAAUGCCAAAAGUUUCGUAAUCUUCAACUUGAUAAACGCUGGGAUCUGGUGAAGCAGGCAUCAUUAUGUUUCAAUUGCCUCAAGGCCGGUCAUGGUAAUCGUGACUGUCCAUCUGGGUUGUGUCUCAACUGCCAGCAGAAACACAAUACUCUACUGUGUAGCAGGCCCCACGAGAGAAGCGUUGAAGGCACAUCCACCAGAUAUACUCCUGGACCGUCGGCUACAGCGUCAUUGGUGGCGCCCAAGCAACGGCAAACGUGCUUUGCACUUUGCGAUAUUGGUUCUCAGGUGAGCUUCAUUUGCGAAUCAUUAGUAACUGUUUUGAAUCUUCCUAGAAGCCUGUACGAGUGUCAAGUCGAAGGUAUUGAUCAAAGUCUUUCAACCCGUACAAAAGGCAUUGUGAGAGUUAGUAUGCAGUCCCACGCGGAUGAGAAGUUCAAGAUCAGUUUUAAUGCGUACAUCAUUGAUUCAAUCACGUCUAUGACUCCUGUUACCACCAUAGACAUCAGAACCAGUCAUCAUUUAAAAUGUCUUCGUUUGGCAGAUCCGGCGUUCGGUAUACCAGGUCCCGUAGAACUACUGCUUGGCGCAGAUAUUUGGCCUGCCCUUGCAUUAAACGAUGUUGUUGUCGGUCCUCAUAACGAACCUUGCGCAUUACACACUCGUCUCGGAUGGGUAGUGCUUGGUCCGGUAGUAUCGAACGAAUCGAAAUCAGUCUUAUUUUCAUCUCUUGUGGACGUUCAAGAGGAUUCUACCACCGAUAAACUUCUACGAAACAUUUGGGAAAUCGAAGAACCUCCUGACAACACCAAAGCAGAGGUGGUCGAAUGUGAAAAGAUUUACGCGACUUCCGAAUGGUCAGUAUAUUGUACAGAUCCCGUUUCGAUCUGA